ACCACUGUAUAUGGUACAAAAAGAGAGCCUUUCUUCCUCAUUUUACCACUCUUCUAAAACAUAUUUCUCGUCUUCUCUCAAGUUCUUCAAGAGAAAACAAAAAGAACUGCAAAGAGAAUUGGUGUGACUGAAAAUGGGAGUGGAAGGAACUAUGGAGUAUAUAUCGGACUUUUUGAAGAAGAGGAAGAGGAAGAAGAAGAAGCAACUGCAAACAGUAGCUCUCCGAGUUGCUCGUAUCGACUGCGAAGGUUGUGAACGUAAGAUCAAACAUAUCCUCUCCGGUGUCAAAGGGGUGAAGUCAGUGGACGUAGACGUGAAGCUGCAAAAGGUAACGGUAACGGGAUAUAUAGAGCCGAAGAAGGUUUUGGAGGCGGCCAAGUCAACGAAGAAGAAAGUGGAGUUAUGGCCUUACGUUCCUUACACAAUGGUGGCGAAUCCGUACAUAUCUCAGGCGUAUGACAAGAAGGCACCACCAAACAUGGUUCGGAAAGUCCCCGACACAACCUCUGUCAACGAGACCACCGUCGAUGACUCUUACACCAUUAUGUUUAGCGAUGAGAAUCCUAAUUCUUGCAUUAUCAUGUAGAAGAGUGUACAUUUUGUUAUGGAUUUUGGUAAUAGUAUACGUAAUUAAGAAUCGUUGUAAAAAAAAAAAAAAAAAAAAAAAGAAUCGUUUUGUCUGUAACGUGAGAAAAUCGAAAUGUCUUUUGAUACUUAA